AUGGUGUGUUCCUGCCCAACUCACUACACCCUGUCGUCAACAGACAAUAAGACUUGCAAUGGUUAGUAUUCUCCAACGUGAAAACGGUUUGUCACUGACAAUUAAAGAGAAUCCCUAUUUCUAAAGCUCUGAGUUCCCCAAAUCUCCAAACCGAUAUUGUUUUCAUUCCCAACUCACGUUCCGUUAUAAAUAGUACAAGACAAACAUUUUUGCUCGAGUCAUAGAAAGUUUACAUUACGCAAUAAAUGGGGUAAUGGGUUCAUGAUAACCGUCACGAAUAUAGAGACAUUAAGUGACCACUAAGCCCACUGUGAGAAUGUUGAUGUAAUUGCUGUAGUUACUAUAGUUGCCAUAGUACCUGUAGUAGCAGUAGUUGGUGUAGUUGCUGUAGUUGGUGUAGUUGCUGUAGUUGCUGUAGUAGCCGUAGUUGGUGUAGCUGUUGUAGUUGCUGUAGUUGCUGUAGUUGCUGUAGUUGGUGUAGUUGGUGUAGUUAGUGUAGCUGCAGCCGCUGUAGCUGCAGUAGCUGUAGUAGCUGUAGUAGAAGUUGCGAAGUUGUAGUAGCUGUAGCUGGUGUAAUGUAGUUGGUGCAGUUGGUGUAGUAGCCGUUGGUGUAGUUGGUGUAGUUGGUGUAGUAAAAUGUAGUUAAUGCAGUUGCUGUAAAGUGGUGUAGUAGCUGCAGUUGGUGUAGCUGGUGUGCUGGUGCAGUAGCCGGUGUAGUUGGUUCAGGCAGCUCUAGUGCUGUAGCUGGUGUAGUAGCUGCAGUUGCCGUAGUUGCAGUAGCUGCAGUUGAUGUAGUAGCUGGCAGUUGCUGUAGCCGUAGCUGCUGUGUGGUGUAGUGCUGUAGUUGGUGUAGUUGCUGCAGUUGGUGUAGUUGGUCUUGGUGUAGCAGCUUGGUGUAGUUGGUGUAGUAGCUGUAGUUGGUGUAGUGUAGUAGCCGUUGGUGUGGUAGUAGCUCUGUAGUUGGUGUAGCCGUUGCUGUAGUUGGUGUAGUUAGUGUAGUUGCUGUAGUUGGUGUAGUAGCUGUAGUUGGUGUAGUUGAUGUAGUGUGUGGUUUAGUUAUGGUUAACUGUAGUUGCUGUAGUUGCUGUAGUUGGUGUAGUGGUUAGUGUAGUUGCAGUAGUGGUGCAGCUGGCAGUAGUAGUGGUGUAGUGCAGCUGUAGUUGUGUAGCUGGUGUAGCAGUGGUGUAGUGCAGCAGCGUGCAGCUGUAGUUGCAGUGUAGUUGGCUGCAGUGGUGCAGUAAGUGCAGUAGUGCAGCUUGGUAGUGUAGCAGCUGUAGUAGUGGUGCAGUGCAGUGCAGCUGUAGUUGCAGGUGUAGUAGCGGUGUAGUCAGCUGUAGCUGUAGUAGCUGCUGCAGCGUAGUAGUUGUAGCACAACUACACCAACCACAGCUACUACAACUAACCACAGCAACUACAGCAACUACAGCAACCAACACCAACCACAACUAACCACAACUAACUACAAUCAACCACAGCAACCACACCAACUAACCACAGCUACUACACUAACUACAGCACACCAACCAACUACAGCUACUACAACUAACCACAGCAAACUACAGCUACUACAACGAACCACAGCAACUACAACUAACCACACCAACUACAGCAACUACAGCAACUACACCAACCACAGCCACUACACCAACUACAUCAACUACAACUAACUACAGCAACUACAGCAACUACACCAACUACAUCAACUACAGCAACUACACCAACUACAGCAAACUACAGCAACUACACCAACCAACUAACUACAGCAACUACAGCAACUACAACUACACACCAACUACAGCUACUACAACUAACUACAACUAACUACAACUAACUACAACUAACUACAACUAACCAACUACACCAACUACAGCUACUACACCAACUACAGCAACUACAGCAACUAACCAACAGCCAACCUACAGCUAACUACACACCAACCAUCAACUACAGCAACUACAGCAACUACACUAACUACACCAACUACAGCUACUAACUACACCAACUACAGCUACUACGGCAACCACAGCCACAGCAACUACAAUUCAACCACAGCAACCACACUAACCACACCAACUAACCACAACUACAACACAACCACAGCAACUACACCAACUACAGCAACUACAGCAACUACACCAACCACAGCAACUAACAACUAACCACAACUAACCACACCAACUACAGCUACUACACCAAACUACACAGCAACCACAGCCACUACACCAAACUACACCAACUACAGCAACUACACAACUACACCACAGCUACUACACCAACUAACUAACUACAGCAACUACAGGCACCACAGCAACUGCAGCUACUACACCAACUACACCAACUACACCAACUAACCAACUACAAUCCAACUACACCAACUACAGCUACUACACCAACUACACAAACCAACCACAACCAACUACAAACUAACAACUACACCAACUAACCACAACACUAACUACACAACUACGGCAACUGCAACUAACUACAGCCACUACACCAA